UUACUUGAAUGUGACUUGAAGCUGGUGACCAAAAAUCUUGCAUUGGUUAAUAUUUAUUUCAGCCAGGUGUGCCAACAAACUGCAGCAAUCUAGUAAAUUUACAAAUAUUUUUUUCGUCGGUUUUGGGUCGCUUUCGUUUCAGCGGGUCAAGAUCACUGUAACCUUCAUUGUUGCCGAGUAGAUAAAGUGUGGGAGGGACUAAACUAAUCUUUUGCACCUCUUUUGUUAUUGUCACACAUAGAAUCUGAAAGUCAUCAACCUAAUCACGAGUCGUGGUCCACGACCCAGCUGAACUCAUCAACUGAUCAACUAAGUACUUUCUAAUUUAAAGAAAAUCAGGAUUUUAGGAUGUCGGAUGCGAUGGGCCGUCUCCACGUCCAUCUUCAUUCACGGGCUGUUUUAAAACUGUGGAGAGACGAAAGUUGGGCAGAACUUACUAUCGAAACUCUAGCAAAAGAUGAUAAGGUUUUUGAGGCUGAACUGUUGAACAUGGCUAGACCAAAAGCGAACUAUGAUAACUCCAAAGUAGAAGAUGACGAUGAAACGUUCGACGGCGACGCUCUCACCGUUCGGAAAGCAAUGCAAAUUCUUGAAGACGGACCAAGUCGUAGAAUUUGGACUGACAGUGGUCAUCAACGACUUUUGCAUUUGGCGAACGUACUAUUCGGGCGAGGAGGAGGUAAUAAUUCGGGUUUUGGCAGCAUGUUGCGAUAAGAAUUGUCAAUUUGUGUUCGUAUUAUAAAUGUGCUUAAAAUUUCUAUAUUUAUUUCCAAAAAUAAAUUUUAACCUAUUUAAUUGAA